AUGGGGGUUCAACCACAGCCGCCUCUGCUCCUUUCGCCUUCGGCAUGCAAUCCAACCACUGGUCACGGGGGUUCAACCACAACCGGGCACCUGCCGUGGGGGCAUAAUUUCUCGACCCCUUCCCCCCCCUCCUCCCCUGCCCCGGCCAUGGCAGCAGCAGCGCGCGGCGGCCUCCCUCAUCUCCCCCGCCCCCGGCCACGCGCGACGGCCUCCCUCCCCUCCCCCGCCCCGGUCGCCGCGUUCGGCGGCCUCCCUCCCCUCCCUCGCCCCGGGCCGCCGCGUUCGGCGGCCUACCCCCCCUCCCACGCCCCCGGCCGCGCGCCCCCCGCCCCCCCUUCCCCCGCGGCGGCCUUCCCCCAACCCCCCUCCUCAGCCCCCGGCCGCGCGCGGCGGCCUUCCCCCAACCCCCCUCCUCAGCCACCGGCCGCCCGUGGCGGCCUUCCCCCAAACCCCCUCCUCAGCUCCCGGCCGCCAGCGGCGGCCUUCCCCCAACCCCCCUCCUCAGCCCCCGGCCGCCCGCGGCGGCCUUCCCCCAACCCCCCUCCUCAGCACUCGGCGGGGCGACGGCGGCGGCGGCGGGCGGCGGCGGCGGCGGCGGCGGGCGGGGGCGGCGGCGGCGGCGGGCGGGGGCGGCCGCGAGCUUGA